AUGGUGUCAUCUUCAUUGGGCUUGCGGGCGAAACCUGCGAGACUCUUGAAGAAAGGCACGGAGACUACAAAGUCCCAUCGUUUCGAAACCUUUUCCCAACGAGUCGCAAAAUUGAAGAUCGAUCCAAUCCACCGCGUGCGACGACCCGGCUUCGAAGAAGAUAAUGGAGACCAAGCAUACUCCCACUUUCGGUCCUCUCUGGACCAUUGGGCCGACAUGAACCUGUCCGAAAUAUUCUCAGACUUCCUUCGGCGUGUCAGUCCUCUUUCGGAGAGUCUGCAUCAAAUCUUAUAUCACGAAGAAGCAAUAAUGGCACUUCUGACAGAGUACAUCGACAAACGGGACCACCUAUCAAUCGAGCCACUCCUGAACUUGUUGUCGCAAUUCGCUAGGGAUUUGGGCGUGCGGUUUGAGAAACACUUUGCGACUAGCGUUACUUUGGUAGCAUCUGUUGCGGCCUCUCACUCGGAGAUCGAAGUUAUCGAAUGGAGCUUUACAUGCCUUGCAUGGAUUUUCAAGUUCCUCUCACGACUUCUAGUUCCAGACCUUCGUCCGCUAUUGAAUGUUAUGGCACCUUACCUUGGCAAAGAACGCCAGAAACCUUUCGUUGCUCGAUUUGCCGCUGAAUCGAUGUCAUUUUUGAUCCGGAAAGCCGGUCUUGUUUACUACAAAAAUCCAACUCCCCUGAAUCUUGCUACCUCAUAUCUGUUGGAGGACAUUCGGAAUACGGCAGAGUCCCAAGGAGUCGAUACAUAUAAAGAAGGCCUUAUGGUUAUGUUUUCGGAGGCUAUCAAAGGUGUCAAAUGGGGCCUUCACUCUAAUGCGUCGGAUAUUUUUACAUGCAUGGUGGAUAACGCUGCCAAGGGUGAUGAUUUACAACGCUCUCUAGCUCAGCAGGUUUUAUGUGGCGUUGUUAUUAAUGUUCUACACAAUACGACCCCAGAAACGUUUUCUGAACUUUUAACCGUGAUCUGCGCAUACAUUGAAAAUGAGUCUUCUGAGGAUCCCGAAAUUCACGUCGAGCUCUCUUCUCACCUUAUAUUUGCAUGUGUCACAACACGAAAGGCAACAAGAAUCAGAGAAUGGAAGGCUGUGCAUAAUGCCCUAUUGGCUCUACUCAAACGCGCACUAUCAAACUUUUCGUCUUCCCAGGCAUCAAUACCUCGGACUCUAGCUGCCGUCGCCUAUGCUCUGCAGCUUUCUCCGAUGGAUGAAAUGUUGCCAUCGAUGCGCCCUCUGAUGGAAGUAGUUGCAGAUGAACGUCUGGAACCCUUCUUCUUACCAUUUUGUUCAACGUUCUCGGAAUUCGGGUCUCAGAGAUUUCACGCAGUUGUACUUCCUUAUUUUCAGCGAUUCUUGACAUCUUCCUGGAAGACAAGAGAAGUAGAUUUAUGCUUAUCACUUCUCCAGCUUGAGGAAAGCGGUUGUGUCACGUCUCAAGCUUCCAGAUCAGGGUAUAUUACAUGCCCAAACGAUUGGAAACAACAUAUCGCCCAAGUUCUAAACAGCCCGGUUGAUUCCACCGAGAAAGCUGCACUCAUCAAUGCUUAUUCUAGACUUUACAUGGCUGUUUCUCUUUCCAACGAUAUCUCUAUACUUCCGCAACUAGUAGAAUGUCUACACAGUCUUUUGCUUUCAGCAUUAGACAAUGCAUCAUCAACUCUUGACCCCCUUGGCAUAUUCGCCUGUGGCCAGGGCUUUAAGUCCUAUGUCGAACUUGCACAUCAGUCUAACUCACUCGACUCGUCACUGUGGCAAUUGGUCACCAAGUCUGGGUCCCGUUUUUCUCGAUCAUGCCUUUUUCUUGAGGGUACCUUAAGCUACCUCCAUCGAUUAUCCGAUAUAGUAUCAUCAAGCAAAGAAGAGUUAGAGGAGUUUUCCAGUGCUCUGAUAGACAACCUGACUUCACCUUCUCAGCCUUUGCGACUACUAUCAUUGAAGAUACUUGCUGAAUUCACGAAAAUUACGGCAGAACCUGAUCACGGCGCCAUAUCGAUAGCCAUUGAAAUCGAAGAGAGUGAAUUGUCUCUCCAGACAGCUAGGUUUCUGUCCAUGCAGAUCCGCAAACUUGGCCUUUUGUAUCCUCAAGUCGCGUCGCACAAUUGGUUUAGCAAGCUCAUACCGAAAUUCUGCUUUGGUUUGCUCACCAAACAAUUGGCGCAGCUGUGGGCCGAUUCUGCUGAAACGUUGAAAGCUGUUAGCCAGCAUGCAAAUGGCGAAGCUGUUGUUACCGAGCUCACAAUGAUCUGGCUGCUGCAUAACAAUGAUUCUGAUAAUGGCGAUAGUGACACAGGCCAUCAUUCGUCAUAUGUUUCGCCUGAUUUUGGGUGCUUCAAUUCUUCUAGUGUCGAAAAGAUUUUCGUUUCGCACUUUGAAAAGGACAGAAAUACGAAGAGUUCCCUGGUCGAAAGUUUCAAUAAUAGUCAUACUUUCUCGGUGUUAGUUCCGCCAUUUGCUCGCGCCCGUUCGCUACAGGUUUUACAUGCAAUUCCUGAAGUUGCAGAAAAGCGCUCUCGACAGAUUGUUCCCGUUUUCCUGAACUGGGCCUCGACAGAAGGUGGUCUAAGUACUACACCAGAUCAAAGUUCCAGCUCGAAAUCAUCUGAAACGCUCACAUCUGAAGAGGAGGUCCCUUUCUGGGGAUUCAAGGAUCGAUUAUCUCUGCUUGGGCUCUUUGAAAAAUUCAUAAGUCCGCGAACUCUCUUCAAGUCCUCUGAGGUGUUUGAUGCUUUGCUUAAUCUCACUGCACAUGGAGAUUCUGCGGUUCAGAGACCGGCUUUGAAAGCUCUUUUUACCUGGAAAUUGCCCGGUAUCCUUCCUUACCAGGAAAAUUUGCUCAAUAUAUUGGAUGAGACUCGAUUUCGUGAUGAACUCGCAGUUUUUGUACGGAUUGAUGCCGAUGAUAGCAAGAUUGAGAACGGUCACAAAGCAGAUUUGCUUCCAAUUCUUCUGCGCCUCCUUUUUGGACGUAUGAUAUCCAAGGCUGCUUCAAGUUCAAGCUCCGGUGGUCAGACUGGCCGACGGAAGGCCAUUCUCCGCUCACUUUCUCAGAUGUCCGAACCCAAUUUUGAUCUUUUUGUCCAAAUUGUAUUCGGUCCUCUCUAUAACCUUGACUUGCUUAAAGGGGAUAUUGUUGAGAAAUCUUUAUUUGACUUGGAACUGAUGAAUCACAGACGGCAGUCUGGGCUGCUUAAGAUGAUUGAGACAAUGUACGAUACCCUUCAAGGUCGAAUGAGCCCAUAUACUGUUAAGUCAAUGGAUGCUGUACUCUAUAUACUCGUGAGGGCUAGUCGCUCGCUCGAAGCAGAGGCACAGAAAGAUUCAGUUGUGGAUAGCAAAGGAUCGUUCUUGCGUGAUAUUCGCACUGUAGGAGUGCGUUGCCUUGGAAUGAUCUUUUCGGUAGCACCGGAAAUUGCAUGGACGCCAUAUGUCAAUAUUGUUUUUGACGACAUUAUCAAUCCUCGUCUCGAGAAUUUUGGUAUUGAGAAUGCGCAGGGUAUUUCUGCCUUUCAUCGCCUCUUCCACACAUGGGCUUCUUCACCGCAGUCUGCAUUUUAUUUGACACGCUUCCGAAGUGAUGUUAUACCUGUCAUUGUUGAAACCCUGAAUAUUCCAUCUGCGCGGGAUGAAGUUAAAGUCUACAUUAUGGAUCAAAUUUUGCAACCUAUCAUCAAUCUCUCAACAGGCCGCACGAUUCAGGAAUCUGAAGAACUGGGCGAUUUCUCUCCGAAGGAAAUACUAACAGAUGUGCUCGCACCCCAUACCGAUAUCAUUCUAUGCCAUCUCAGCAAAUUGUUGCAAUCCAACCCAGCGCGUACAGUUUUGAUAUCUGGUGUCGAAACCCUGUCUCUAAUUGCGCCCUGUGUUGAGACUUCUAGUGAAACAUCCAGUCUCAUCAAAAUAUCGACAUAUCUCCUUCGGCAACCUCAAGAUAAGAUUUCUCCUAAGAUUAAGUCUGGAUUGCUACGCACACUACAACAUUUCAUACAAUUUUUCUCUAUCGGAAGUGACCCCUUGUUAGCUGAGGAUGUUUUCAACACGGUUUCUUCAUUAUAUGACUACUUUAAGGAUGACGAAAACCGGAAUGUGUUGUCCGCUGUCCUUGGUGAAUUCGCUAAACAGGAUACUGAAUUGGCUGAAGUUAGCGUACUUUGUGCUGACCUCAAUGCUAUUGCUUCAAACAAGCUUAACGAAGUGGAUUACGAUCGCAGACUAAAUGCUUUCAGCAAUAUCAACGAAACCUUGUGGAAGGAUCUCAGCCCGAAACAAUGGCGUCCUAUUCUCUUCAAUAUGCUCUACCAUGUUAAGGAUGACAAAGAGCUCUCUAUCAGAUCCAGUUCCUCAUUUGGAAUCAAGCGUUUCAUUGAGACCGCCUCAGAUGAUAAAGCUGACCAGCCUGGCUAUGCUAUACUACGAGACAAUGUCCUGUUGCCUGCUCUUCAGGCAGGCAUGCGUCAACGAUCAGAAAUGGUUCGCAUUGAGCUUGUCUCCGCCCUGGGCCAUCUGGUCAAACACAAUCCAACUCUACCGUCCGUCCAAGAUAUGCAUGUCCUUCUGAUGGCAGGAGACGAGGAAGCUUCUUUCUUCAACAACAUUCUCCAUAUCCAACAACAUCGUCGAAUGCGGGCAUUGCGCAGAUUAGUAACUGAGGCUUCAAAUGGCAAGAUCAAUUCUUCCAAUAUCAGCUCCUUCUUCCUUCCUUUGAUUGAACAUUUUGUCUUCGAUAUUUCUGCUGAAGAUGAGACUGCUCACAACUUGGCUGCAGAAGCUGUAGCAACGAUAGGUGGACUUGCUGAGUGGAUGGAAUGGAGUCAGUUUCGGGCAGUGUUCAGAAGAUAUCGUGGAAAUAUGACAAGCAAACCUGAUCUUGAAAGAAACAUGAUUAGGCUUCUUGGUAGAAUGACUGACGCUCUCACAACUGCUUCCGAUCAACACAAGGCAAAGGCUGACACAAGUGACGUCGAGGACGUGAAAAUGGGUGAUACAGACUCAGUUCAUGUGACAAAAUGUCGCCUAGCCUCGACUCUACCUAUUCCUUCUAAAAUAGUAACGGAACUCACCACACAUUUCUUACCAUUCCUCACUGAAUUUGUACACCAUAAAGACGAAGCGAAAAUGAGUGUACGUCUUCCAGUUGCCGUCACAACCAUCAAGCUACUCAAGCUCUUGCCAGAAGAUGACAUGGCCAUCCGGUUACCCUCUGUUCUACUUGACGUCUGCUACAUUCUUCGCAGCAAAGCACAAGACUCUCGAGAUACUGCCAGAAAAACACUGUCGCAUAUUGCCAUCAUUCUUGGUCCGGUUUAUUUUGGCUAUAUUCUGAAAGAACUAAAGACCGCCCUAGCCAGAGGUUAUCAACUUCACGUUCUUGGAUUCACGGCACACUCGAUCCUUGUAGCAACAACUGAUGAAUACGAGCAAGGCGCACUUGAUCAUUGUCUUGGUGACGUUGUGGCUGUCAUCAUGGAUGAUAUAUUUGGGGUCGUUGGGCAGGAAAAAGAAGCUGAAGACUAUGUCAGCCAGAUGAAAGAGAUCAAAAGCAACAAGAGUUACGACUCCAUGGAGUUACUUGCCAAAAACAGCUCAGUUGCUUCUUUGGGGGCCUUGAUAAAACCAUUACAAAUGCUCUUGAAGGAGAAGCUAACGGCAAGCAUCGUCAGGAAAGUUGAUGAACUUUUCAGAAGAAUCGGACUUGGUUUACUCAGAAACCCAGGUGCUGAGAGUCGCGACAUUCUUGUCUUUUGCUACGAAGUUAUCAAGGAAUCCUAUGAAGACAAGACCGACAGUACUCCGUCCGGCACAGAAUCUGCCAGGAACCGACGGUUUCUAAUAAAUAUGAAAGGCAUGAAACGCGGCGAAAAGCGUGGCUCCACAUCUUCAUAUGUCCACAAAUUGCCUCGUUUUGCUUUGGAUGUUCUACGAUCAACUCUGAACAAAUUCAGUUCACUGAUGACUACUGCGAAUCUUGCUGGCUUCUUACCCAUCAUCGGUGACGCUGUGAUCCAAGCCCAUGAAGAGGUCAAGCUCUCUGCAAUGCGUCUCUUGUCAACCAUCAUCAAGUUACCCUUACCAGAACUUGACAAGAAUGCCCCUACCUACCUCGCCGAAGCCGUCAAACUCGUCAAGGAUGCAUCUAGCACCAGUACCGAGGCCGCUCAAGCAGCUCUCAAGCUUAUUGCUGCUAUUUUUAGAGAAAGGAAGACUGUUGAAUUGAGAGACAACCAUCUUUCUUACUUACUCAAACGUCUUACCAAUGAUAUCGAGGAGCCUGACCGUCAGGGGCUGACCUUCAACUUUAUCCGCGCUGUGAUGGAUAGAAAAUUCCUUGUUCCCGAACUAUACGAACUUGUUGACAAUGUUGCAAGGAUGAUGGUCACGAAUCAGAAUAGAGCCUCUCGCGACCUUGCUCGUGGUGUUUAUAUUCACUUCCUUUUAGAGUACCCUCAAGCCAAAAGUCGAUGGUCAAAACAACUAGCUUUCCUAGCAAAGAAUUUCGAUUAUCCACACCGAGAAGGUCGUGAAUCAGUCAUGGAAGCAGUACAUCGAUUAUUAUCAAAAACCGGAGGAGAUCUUGGUCAGGAAGUAAUUAGUACUUUCUUCCUACCGGUCGUACUAGUCAUGGCAAACGACGAAACUCCUGAAUGCCGGCAAAUGGCGGGCCUUCUUCUCGGCGAACUUUUUGGAAGAGCUGAUCGAGAGCGGCUGCAGACCAUGUUGAAGUCUUUACAUUCUUGGCUUGAACAAACAGAAAACAAGCAACUCGCUAGCACUGGCUUACAGGCAAUGAGAGUAUUUUUUGAGAACGAAGAAGUUGAGAAGGACAAGGAGGGCCGUUUCACAGUUGAUGCUUUACCAACCCUUAUGAACCCCAUACUUAUGGACACCGAUAGUGAAGAUUGGGAGGUGCUAUACUUUGCUUUGCAACUAUUUGUCAAAGUCUGCAAAGCUGUGCCCUCGGUUGCAUUUAGUAAAAGAUGUGAAAACCUGUGGUCUAUUGUUCAGGAAUCGCUAUUCUAUCCACAUGCCUGGGUCAAAACAUGUGCUGCCAACCUGGUCGGGCUGUGGCUCGCCGAUGUAGCCAAAAACAAUGCUGUUGAUGGCUUUAGCAAGGUUCCGCUAGCUGCGAAGAGCGGUCUCGAACUUGACAAGGAGGGAAUGAUAAGACUAACCCGAGGCAGCAUCCGGUCUCUUCAAACCCCCGGCGUCAGCGAGGAGCUUGCUAUGCAAAGUGUCCGCAAUAUUGUAUUCCUGAGCCGAUGUUUUGCUGAGAAUAACCUCAAAUUUUCUCCUAAGCACGUUGAGGAGGUAAAGGAGGACGAAAUAGACGAGGAAAGUGAUGCCGAAGAAGUGGAAGAUGAAACAGCAGUCAGUAACGGAAUUGCGCCGUCAAGAUCGCUAUUACAUUAUAUCUUCCGUCAGAUUUCAAAUAUACUACGUCGUGAAACCAUUUCCACUCGUGCCGAUGCUCUCGUGCCUAAGACGUCAUCAAUGGCGCUGCUAGCAGCGAUCUGUCGCCACUUGGACACGGAAAAGCUUAUGGGUUCUCUUCGCAUAAUCCUUCUGCCUUUGCAGCACUUGAUUGAUCCUAAUAUCCCACAUCCCCGAUCCUCAGAUCCUGACUUCGAAACAACUUACAAGUCCCUUAUCUCAAGUGCACAGGAAAUUCUUGAUCUAUUACAGAAGAAACUCGGUACAACAGAGUAUGUCACUCAAAUGGCCUCUAUUCAGGAGAAUAUCAGAGCCCGUCGAGAAGAGAGGCGCGUUAAACGCCGCAUCGAGGCUGUUGUAGAGCCAGAGAAAUUCGGACGUGACAAGAAACGCAAAAACGAUAGAAAGAGGGUGAAGAGAUCUGAGAGAGAUCGAGAAUUUAGAGAUAGAAGACGGGGCUACUAA